UCCCGUAUCGUAGUAUCCAUUCUUGGUCCCCCCAACGCCGGCAAGUCCACUCUCUUCAACCGAUUGCUGGACAAGGCCGCCAACCGCGCCGGAACGGCCAUUGUCUCCAACGUUCCCGGUACCACCCGGGAUCGUCGCGAAUGUGUCGGACGCAUCGGAGGAACCCUCUUUCGUCUCGUAGAUACGGCUGGUGUGGAUGGAGAACGACUGGAACUUUUGGCGCAGAGCAGGCGGAAUCAAAACGGCGAAGGAAUCUUGAUGAAAUUCAUGAUGGGACAAACCUUGGAAGCCGCGCGACAGGCCGAUUUGGUCUUUCUCAUGUUCGAUGCACGGGUGGGAGUCACCGCAGACUUGCUCGAAACGGCUCGAUGGCUACGCAAAAUAUCUCAACGUGAACAAGAUCCGGCGGCACAAACCGCGUUGCCGGAUCGACAAAUAUUCCUUUUGGCGAAUAAACUGGAAGGCGACUUUUGGAAUUUUGACGGUUCUAUCGUAUUGGAUCACUUGACAGAAGCCACAAGACUGGGUUUUGGCGAAGCUAUUCCUAUAUCAGCACAUCACGGUGAAGGAUUGGCUGACAUUGCCGUCCUCAUUGAGCAAGCAGCCGUCGCAAAACGGCAGUCACUAGGAAUAUUGGAUGACGACACUGAUCUGGCCUCCAAUGACAGCGACAAAGACAAACCAUUGCAACUGGCUAUUUUAGGACGUCAAAAUGUGGGCAAAUCUACUCUAGUGAACGCUCUGUUGAAGCAAGAUCGUGUUAUUGUAGGUGCCACGCCUGGAUUGACACGAGAUGCCAUUGCUGUUGAAUGGACCUGGAAGAAUCGCCCUGUUCAGAUUGUGGAUACGGCGGGUAUUCGUAAACGCUCGCAGCGAAACCACGAAGACGCAAUUGAAGAUUUGUCCGUCGAAGAUGCCCUCCGGGCCAUGAAGGUGGCCGAUGUUGCGGUACUCGUCCUGGAUGCAGAAGCCCGUAAAUUGCAACGUCAAGAAUUGGCCAUUGCCGAUGCCGUCUUGAAAGAAGGCCGGGCCCUGGUGGUUGCGGCAAAUAAGAUGGACUUGAUUGUGGAGCGUGGGUACAGCAAGAAAGACUUUGCGGAGGAUGUACGGGCGCAACUGGAAGCACGCUAUCCUAUCUUGCGGAAAACGCCGAUUGUGCCGAUGAGCUCUCUUACGGGCGAUUCGGUGCAUAAACUUAUGCCUGUCGUCUUUCGAGCCCGGGAACGCUGGAGUCGUAAAAUUAGUACCGGUGAGCUCAAUCGAUGGAUUGCCGAAGUCAUGGACGGCAAGCCGCCACCACCGGUUUCAGGCCGGAAGGCCAGGAUCAAGUACGUCAUGCAGACUAAAGGACGCCCGCCAACCUUUUUGCUGUUUUGUAAUGUUGCCUCUUUACCCGAAAACUAUCUGCGAUUUUUAACACGCAACUUUCAAGAUACCUUUGAAAUGUUCGGGAUGGAAGUUCGCAUG